CUCGGGGGGCUCUGCCUCAGGCUGGACGCGCUCAAGCGCUGGGAUGGGGGGGGCCCGCUCUGGUGCGAGCGGGGGGCGCAGGCGCUGCUCACGGCCGUGGGCGCCUUCGCGGCCUUCGGCCUCAUGACCAUCGCCAUCGGCACCGAUUACUGGCUCUACGCCCGCGCCGUCGUCUGCAACGCCAGCAACGCCACCGGCGACGACGGGGGGCAGCGGGACCGGCGCGAGCCGGGGGGGAUGACCCACUCCGGGCUCUGGAGGGUCUGCUGCCUCGAGGGCCUCAAGCGGGGGCUCUGCCUGAAGAUCAACCACUUCCCUGAGGACAUGGAGUACGACCACGACAGCGCCGAGUACCUGCUCCGGGUGGUGCGGGCCUCCAGCAUCUUCCCGAUCCUGAGCGCGGCGCUGCUGCUGCUGGGGGGGGUCUGCGUGGCCGCCAGCCGCAUGCGGGGGGCCCGGACCAGCCUCGUGCUGGGGGCCGGCAUCCUCUUUGUGGCUGCUGGCCUCAGCAACAUCAUCGGGGUCAUCGUGUACAUCUCCUCGAACGCGGGGGGGGAGCCGGGCCCCCGCCGGGAGGAGCCGCGCCGCCGCCAUUACUCCUACGGCUGGUCCUUCUACUUCGGGGGGCUGAGCUUCAUCCUGGCCGAGGCCAUCGGCGUCCUCGCCGUCAACCUCUACAUCGAGCGGCACCGCAAGUCACCUCCACAACGCAUUCGGGAAGGAACCUCCCGGAGCGGGGGAGGGGGAGCGGGGGGAGGGGGAGGGGCGGGGGGAGGGGGCGGCCCCGAGAGCGUGUCCGGGACCAGCACCCUCAACCGGAAAACGACCCCCGUGUAG